AUGCACGUCCUUGUCAUCGGAGGAACCGGCCGAACCGGCAAACUUGUCAUCGACGAGCUUCUUUCGCGAGGCCACGAAGUAACGACUCUCGCACGAAACCCACUGGCACUCGGCAACCCACGUGCCAAGCUUAACAUCGUGAAAGGGACACCAGCCAAUCUAAAUGACGUCCGAUCCGCAUUCACCUCCCAGAAUAUUCACCCCAUCUCCGCCGUGAUAAGCACCCUCUCCGCCCCUCGCGCAAGCGACAGCCCCUUCGCAGCGCCCAUAUCCCCACCAACUCUAAUGGCCGACUGCACACGAAACGUACUCACCGCAAUGACGGAGUUUAACGUGCGCAAAAUCGUCAUCAUGCAGGCCUUCGGCGUCGGGGAGUCGUGGGAGAAUAUGAACUGCAUGCUGCAGCUGCUCAUGCGGAAAUCAAAUAUGUGGCUCCAGUAUGAGGAUCAUGGGGCUGUUGAGGGGCUUGUUAAGGAGAAUAGUAGAGAAAGGGAUGGGAAGGUAGAGUAUGUGCUUGUUCGGCCGUGUAGGCUUGUGGAAUCUAAUGAGAGGAAGGUCAAGGUUUGGGCUGAGCAUGGGAAGGGGGUACCGCUUAUGGCGAGUGCUAGUCGGGUGGGCGUUGCGGGGUUUUUGGUUAAUGCAGUUGAGAGUACCGAGUGGGAUGGGGCCGAGCCUGUUAUUUCGACUUAG